AUGUCUACUGAGUCUGACCCCGCUGUCACACGAGUCACCAUCAUACUCGACAAGCCAGAAGAUUGGUUCAAUUGGUUAUUCAUCCGUCAAGACAUUGCAGAUCGCCACGAUCUCUGGCAAUACGUCAAUCCUGACCUCUCGGACCUGGACACUGACGAUCGAGAGUCCUACCGUUGGGAAUGUGAUCAAUGGCAGCGCUGUCGCUCUGAGUACUGUACCCAGAAGAAGGCUUUGGCUGAUCUGAAGUCGGAUAUCAGCAAGACAAUUGCUGUACGCCACAUACACCUGAUCAAGGAUCUUAAGACACCAUACGAUCGACUGGUCGCUCUCAAGAAGUUCCUUUGUCCAACAGACGCAACUCGCCGCCGUGAGCUUGCGGAUAAGUACAACGCACUCAAGACUGCCCCACGAGCUGCAAAGAAGGUCGAACAAUGGUUGUCUGACUGGGAAGAUUUCCUGAUUGCCUGCAAGGCACUCGAUCAAGAGUACGCCACAUCCUGCCUACGUGAGAUCUUCAAGCAUGAAGCACGAGGCACCACCACUGAGAUCUCAUCCCUGGAGACAUACGUUGCUGAGAUGACUACCUACCUACGCCGUACGAAGCCUCACUCUACUGGCCUAGCAGUCACUGCCGCGGAGCUUGGUGUUGCAUCUCCAAUUGAGCCUCAAACAACACGCAAUCGAGGUCAACGUGACAGUGUACGACAGACACCUACCUGCGUCUGUGGGAAACAGCAUUGGUACACUGACUGUUUUAUCCUCAAUACUCGCCACCCAGGGCGUCCAACGACAUAUCAGCCUGCUGCUGAAGAGGUACGCAAGGUUGAGGCAGCGUGGAAAGACCCUAAGAUCAAUGCACGAAUCAAGACAGCUAUUGACAGGUGGACAGCUCGUCAACCACAGAACGCUGGGACGUUACGAAUUGACAACGGCAGGCCACCUGCUGACAGCAGCACGUUCGUGGUAACAACUGCUCCAUCACUCAUGGACCUUGACUCUCACAACGUCCAAAACAACGGCCACAACGGUCACGAUGGCCACGACGACAGUGAUGCUAUUGCGAUUGACGCUCGCACUGAGCCUCUGGGAGCUCUCACAACACUGGCUGACAAACAACAAUCCAGAACGUCGUUCUAUCAACGCUGGCAAUAG